AUGCACGCCAACAGCACGCCGCCAAAAAUCAUUCCUAUGUCAAAACAUUUUCUGGAAAACAACACAGUACCGCUCGAACAAUACACCGAUCUUCUUGUAUUCGACAUUGACAACACGCUGUACCAGUCCAACAUUAACCUCAUAGGACGUGUAAUAUCCCAAACCUUUGAUAAACUCGGUAUAAAUGACGAGAAUGCACGGGCCCGGAUACUUGAGGAGUGCAAAGCAGAGUACGGGUUCAGCAUAAAAGGUAUGUAUGCAUACAACAUCCUUGAUUACAAGACAUAUUACGAUGUCAUCACCAACAUUGAUUACAAAGCCGUGGUUAGCCCCGAUCCAGAUCUGAGGCACAUGCUGGAGAACGUGCAUAUAAACAAGAUCUGCUUUACAAAUGCUGAGUCGAUCCACUGCAUGAGGAUAUUGAGCGAGCUGGAGUUGCACGGUGUCUUUGACUAUGUGUUGUGUGUUGAUCACAGCGAGCCAAAUUUCAUUUGCAAGCCUAUGAACGAAUCGUUCGAUUUUCUUGAGCAGCUGUUCGGUGUAAGAAAUAAGAUAACGUUUUUUGAUGACGAUCCAAGGAAUAUCGCAAUGGCGGAGCAACGUGGAUGGAUCGCUCAUCACAUCACCAGCAUGCAAACGAUUAAAAUGUUGCUUUUGGAAAUACGUCAAGCAGAGGAUAGAAAAUAAAAAU